GAGACACACUCGCCGAAGAGCCCAUUGCCAUUAGCGGAGAUCGAGACGCAUCGACACUCCAUUUCAGCCAAUCGCCGCUAUCAUUCAACAAUCUUGCCAAGUCCCAGCAAGAAGCAACCCAGCAGCACGAAAAUGCAACACUGUCAUGACGAGCAUGCGGCAGCGGGCGGCCACGACCACGACCACAACCACGACCACAACCACGACCAUGACGACGAGGUGGAGGAUGCAAACGGAGACUCGCUCUACCCGUUCAUCGACACCAGCAAGUUGAGGGUUCUCAACGCGCUGGAUCCCCAGGCCGCCGCCCACCCGUUCAAGCCCUUCCACGAACGCCAAGAUCGAUCGCGUUUCCUGGCCAGCAACGAAGACGACCCGGAGGUGAUCCUGUUCAUCCCCUUCACGGAAGCCGUGAGCAUCAAGUCCAUCUGCAUCUCGGGCAGUGCAGGCGACGGCACUCACCCCAAAGCAGUGAAACUGUUCACGAACCGAGAAGAUAUCGACUUUUCCAACGCCAAUGAGCUGCCAGCGCAACAGAAACUGGAUCUGGUCGAGGAUGACACGGCCAAUAUUGACUAUCCGCUUCAGUACGUCAACCUAUUGUCAUGUAAGGAUAGAGAUUCAAACGUUUCUAAAUGGUUUGCUGUAGGGUGCGCAAGUUCCAAGGUGUUAGCAAUUUGACGCUUUUCAUUGAGGACAGCUAUGGAGGCGACGAAACGAAGAUCUAUUAUAUUGGCCUCAAGGGAGAAAACAAAAAGGUGCGAUGCUUUCGAAGCACUGAAAUGACUGAUACGCAUCAAACCUGAGAUUAAAUUGCUUGUUGCCUAUUGCGCAGUGGCGCCAUGGUGUUGUUGAGUGCGUGUAUGAAGCACGUCCGCAGCCGUCUGAUCACAAGGUUAGCGACACAAUCGGGUCGACGUCGCUUAUUUAGUUCCGAGAAGAAGAACGAUCAAGCCAAGCGUGCGCGUUGCCCGGCUUAUCGUCAUCUCAAGAGUCAGGAGAGAGAUUCAAGGCCUGCACACCCUGUUGUAGUUGCUGGAAUUUUAAGAGGGCUUUCUCAGCCAGUGAGGCUUUUUGCUCUUCCUCUUUCCGUUUUUGUUCGAGUCCGUUAAGCAUUUGGUACAAAUCUCGAGCAAAGUCGUUUUGCGCAUGCUCUCCUG